AUGACCGGCCUGACUCCGCCGUCCUACCCCACCUGUUCUCCGACGUCAGCCGGCAGCGAUACCCGCCGGAAAGUGCAGAAAAACGGCCGGUUUUUUACCCAGAUUUUCCGGAGCUCGUUCCGGCGAUUCCGGCCACCAAAUCUUGCGAUCAAGCGUAGGCAACUCGAUUUACGAAUUGGGUUUCGGCCGGAUUUCGGGAUGAGAUUCCGGCCACUUCCGGUCAGUUUUUGGGGUACGUCCAAGAACAAAAGUGACUCCAAAUUAGGUGUUUUACCUAGGGUAGGAGUCUGGGCUCACGAUUUGGAAGUUUUCCCGGCGAUGGGUAUCGCUUUGGACACCCACGCGCUGCCGGCGCGUGUGGCGGCGCGUGGGCACUGUAGCUGA